UGUGUAGUCAAUGGCCCUUUAGACAAUACAGAGAGAGUAUAGACUUGGCAGUAUAGCGAGGGAGAGCUAGUAGAGCAAGUACACAGUAUACUGAGAAAUUUAUCGAAGAUAAAUAGACAUAGAGAGUGAAACCAAGGAUAUCAAAUCUCCAUACGAUUCAAGAUCUAGAUCACAUAGAUAGAGGAACACGAACAUUUCGAAUCUCUUUUUCCAUAUAUAUAUAUAUAUCUUCAAGUCAACCCUCAGAGUCAACUGAUUCAACGCUUCGGAAAUGGCCAAUUCGUUGAUCAAUGGUUGAAUAUCCAGCUUUUUACCGGUUACUUUUCGGAUUCAAUAGCCCUAACGGGCAAUUGGGUGUUGAAUUUGAAUUGGGUUUUCUGAAGAACUGGAUUGUUAGGGUUUUGGGAGGUUGAUGAAAUGGAAGAAAAUCCAGCAGCUUUGCAUACGGCUAUCAAUUCAGUACAGGCGUUGGGUAAGGGAUUUGAUGUGAACUUUGAUACCAGGUUGUUGUACUGUAAAGGAUUGGGAGGGUCUAGGGUUGUUGAAAUUGAUGAAGAACACUGUAGGGAUCUAUGUUUGUAUGACGGUUUGGUUGUGCCCAAUGUCUCAAGGGACAUUAAGAAUUCUCUGGAGCCAGUUGGGCGUGAUAGCUCUGGGGUUUGCAAUUUUCAUGAGAUGGUGGAGUAUUUUAAUAAAAAGGCUGGUCUAUCGGGAGAUGUUCCUCUUGGAAGCUUCAAUGCUGCUUUCAGCUUUACUGGUUCCAAGCAUAUUGAUGCUGCAGCUACAAAGACCCUUUGCAUGGAUGGUUUUUUCUAUCCACUUGCUAAGGUUCAUUUCAUAAAAUCCCCAUUAGUUUUGCAAGAAAAUGUGAAACGAGCGGUCCCAACAUCUUGGGACCCACCCUCCUUAGCAAGCUUUAUUGAAAACUUUGGGACACAUGUUAUUACAUCUGUAACCAUUGGUGGUAAGGACGUGAUUUAUGUUAAACAGCAUCAGUCUUCGCCUUUGUCAACCAUGGAGAUAAAAAAAUAUGUUCAGGAUGUCGGAAAUCAUAGGUUCUCCAACACCAACAGUCUAACAAGUUCAGGUCUAUUGAAAUACAAGGAGAAGGGUGCUGAUCCUUCUUUAUUCAACAGCCAAGGGAUAUAUCCUCAACCCACUAGUGUGCCUUGUCUUACCGGGAAUGGUAAAGAAGAUGUCACAGUCAUUUUCAGACGGAGGGGAGGAGAUGAUCUAGAGCAAAGCCAUACUCAAUGGGCCACGACUGUACAUUCCUCUCCAGAUGUUAUUGAGAUGUCAUUCAUUCCUAUCACCCUUCUUUUUGAAGGGAUAAGUGGAAAAGAGCACUUGGAUCGUGCUAUAGGUCUCUAUCUUGAAUACAAGCCUCAAAUUGAAGAGCUGAGAUAUUUCCUAGAGUUUCAGGUCCCUCGGAUAUGGGCCCCUGUACAGGACAAGCAUCCUGGGCACCAAAGGAAGGAACCUGUUUGCCCGUCUUUGCAGUUCAGCAUGAUGGGGCAAAAGCUUUAUGUCAGCCAAGAGCAAGUAUCAGUUGGACGUAAGCACGUGACAGGCUUGCGGUUAUGUCUUGAAGGAUCUAAGCAGAAUCGGCUAUGUAUCCACGUUCAACACUCGGUGUCCCUUCCAAAAAUCCUCCAACCAUAUUGGGACACUCACGUGGCAAUUGGUGCUCCUAAAUGGCAGGGCCCUGAAGAGCAAGACAGCCGAUGGUUUGAGCCGGUCAAAUGGAAGAACUUCUCUCACGUGUGCACUGCACCAAUUGAAAGCCCCGCAACUGUCAUAGGCGACCUCUCCGGUGUGUACAUUGUAACUGGAGCGCAGCUUGGAGUGUGGGAUUUCGGGUCCAGAAACGUCUUGUAUAUGAAGCUUCUAUACUCCAGGCUGCCGGGCUGCACGAUUCGAAGAUCAUUAUGGGAUCAUUCUCCUAAUGACAAAUCAAGGAAAGUGAUCACCGUUGGAAGUAAUAGUGGUGACUCGAGUUCAGGAUCUAGGGAAAACAUUGUGGCCCCGGGCAAUAAGUUGGCUAAGUUUGUUGAUAUGUCGGAGAUGAGCAAGGGGCCACAAGAUCCUCCAGGUCAUUGGUUGGUUUCCGGAGGAAAGCUUGGGGUUGAGAAAGGGAAAAUUGUUUUGAGAGUGAAAUAUUCGUUGCUAAAUUAUUGAGUCUAAUGCUAGGGUUUUGUUGAAUGAGGUGAGAAUGUGCUCCUUGAUGGUGUUAGAUGUCUGGAGUUCUUUCCAGUUUUGCUCUCAAAUUCUGGGGUUUUUUUUUUUCUUCGGUGAGAUAUUGUGAAUUUUGUAGAAAAUGUGAUGUUCUACCUCUCUUGAAACGUAUAUGUAUAUGUAUCUAUGAGUUAUCAUUUAGAGUUAUUUCUUUCUUUUCA